AUGCCCAUUCAAAUCCGUUAUGCGACUGAAUCUGAUAGCCCGGAUUUGGUCCACAUCAACACCGCCAGUUUCGCCCCGGGUCUAUUUUACCAGAAUGCGUUUGCGAACGUUCAAGCUUCGGCCCUACAAACGUUGAAAUACGCACGAACUUUUGCACGAUUCGUUGAUCCCAAAUACCAUCUCUUAAUUGCGACGGACUCCGAAACGGGGCGUGUCGUCGCCUUCAUGCGAGUGGUUAUUCCACUUCAUUACCAACAAGAUUCCCAUUCACUUGCAAGGCUAUCUGAGGAUGCAAGUAAGAUGGCGGCUAAACCAGAUGAAUAUCUACCCGAAGGAAUCAACAAGCGCGUUUAUGCGUGUUAUUUAGAUAUGCUGAAGACUUCGAGGGAAAAAUAUCUCGGAGACGAUGAUAUGAUUCUGGAUUUCUUAGCCACAGACCCCGAGUACCAGGGGAGGGGAAUUGGAAGUCAAAUGUUGAAAUGGGCUACGCAAAAGGCGGAUACCCUGAAUGCACGAAUGUUUCUUGAAGCAACAGAAGAAGGCUAUCCGCUUUAUAAGAAGUAUGGGUGGAACACACAAGAGGAAUUCGGGAGCUACUAUAUUAUGAUCCGAGAUCCAAUCCCCGCUACUAGUCCGCCUAAUUAA